AUGCGGCCAACCAACAGCCCCUCCAACCCCUCCAGCCCAUCCGCACCCUCACAGGCCCCAUCCUCCACUACCACCACCUCCUCCUCUAGACUUGGCCAGGUCACCCUCGCAUCCAUCCUCAAGCAGGCACCACCUCCUUACGCAUACGUCCACUAUGCACCUAUAGCUGGUCAUGACGCCGCCUUCCCUCUCUUCACAGCCGCAGCAACUGCAGGAGCCUCAACAGCCUUACCCCCACCCCAAAGUCAACUGCCCAUGCCACUCCCAGUGCCACCACCACCAGCAAUACCAACUAUGCACCGACCUCGUAUGAGGACAAUGGACUCGUCAACCUCACUGGUAGACAGCAUCACACGUGAAACAGAUAUGUACGACCCUGUGCCACCACCUCCUCGGGAAUUGGACAACAACAACUGUACGGACGAUGUGGCCUCCCGGUGGAGCCAUCGCCCCUCCCUCCUCUUCCAACCCUCCUUCGUCCCUAAUAUCAUGGCAGACAACUCUUCUCGCUCGUCAACACAGGGGGUUGUCCCUCUUAUUUCAAAAAGUGCAGCGCUAUUACCGCCUGUGAUGCGUACCGAGCAAGAGUACAUCACGGCAAGCUCCCACCAAAGAAGCGCUCCCAGCAGAUCCUCCGCCACCUUCCCAAGCACAGCCUCUUUUCAUCGCCGUAAAGAAGAGCUGGGUCACGACAACCCUUACAAACCACCAUCACAUACCAACAGCUCUGCGUUCCAUCCCCCACGGGUUGCCGGAUACGAGUUUCGAGGAGGGUCCCAGGCAGGCAACAUGGGAUUGAUGCUCGGCAGACGGAUAUCGGACGGGUUACCAGUUACGGGCAAGCUACACCAGUCAUUGACGCUACUACAACACGAGCACAGGAUCUUAAAACGAUUUCAGAUCAAGGACGGACGAUAUAACCCCCACAGCAAUCUGAGUCGACCACAUCCACAAACAACACCGCCAGGAAGCGAUGGUGGGAGCGGGAGCGGGAGCAGUAAUAAAACAACGCCAGGCGAUUGUCCAACCGAGUACGAGUCCGGGCUGGUAGAGGGCGAGAAGUACUUUAACAGGACCGUGGUUGACUUUGUUGAUCUGGAUCGGACUCAGAUGUCUAUACUUAUUAUGCGCCGUCUCGGACCAAAUCUCCUAUCGCACCAGCAGCACCGGUUCACAGGACUCGACGACACGGAUAGUCACCAGAACUCGGAGCUACAUGCGGACAGGAUGGGCGCAUCGCCUUUUCCAGACACCUACACGUUUCUGGUGUUUUGUCUGAAGGCUGCCUGUGUCUUGGAGGCGUUACAAAAGUCCAACGUUGCACAUCUGGCAUUGUCGCCAACCGCGUUCCACUGGUCACUUCCCGAGUCAUACGGCGUAGAACAGUCAUCCCAAGAAGAGACUGUGCAGCGGAGCACUCCACGGAACCCAUCGUCGUUGUAUCACGAUGCGGACUCUUUUGACUCUGAUCGAGUACAUCCUUACAGCGACCACGGAGCGGCGGGCAACCCUCCGAUGACACACAGUGGGUCAGGAUAUUUCAGCGCAUUGCCACAGUCGCCCAAGUGGGACGUUAAUGAUACCAAACUGCGACUUUUCGACUUCACGCAUUCCAAGAUUCUGAGUCAUGAACGUGCAAGGGCGCCGAACAACAUUUUUGAGUGGCACAUUCCCGGAUACCUGGAGUACCAUUUGCAGUUUCUGGCGCCGGAGCAGACAGGGCGAGCAGAGACAUGGAUGGAUCACCGAACGGAUAUCUACGGACUCGGUGCCACGCUGUUCACACUGUUGACUAUGCAGUUCCCAAAUCGUGGCACAGACAGUGUUCAAAUUUUACAAGGCGUCCUUUCAAGAGAGCUGCCACCACUACGGGACUUCCGGCCUGACAUACCGCCAGUAAUUGACGACAUCCUCCGCAAGAUGACCAAGAAGCAACCAAGUCAGCGGUAUCAAAACGCUUUCGGCUUCAAGCAGGAUAUUCUCCACUGUCUCAACGAACUGCACAGGACUGGAUCUGUCGAGCAAUUUCCUCUCGGGAAGCAUGAUGUGUCUUACCAGUUCGUGCUCCCGAACACUAUCUUUGGACGAUACAUUGAGCAGCAAAUGAUCUCGGCAGCUAUUUCACAAGCGGCGGCAGCUUACCAGCACAACAGCGAUGCCUCGGACACCAGCUCAAACGAGGACGAUGGUCCGACACCAAAAAUGAUGGCGAUGGAUGACGACCAUUAUGACUUUGAGGACGAGAUUGUGUCGCUACAGAACCAGGCUAGUGCAAAGAUCUCGCUGUCUUCAAAGACACUGCUCAGGACACCAAAGUCGUUUGAUGGCGGGAAGGCUGUCCACCGGGGACUUGAGACCACCGAUCCUGUUGUCAGAGCCAUUUUUGUUAGCGGUCCAUCUGGCGUCGGAAAGUCGAUGUUGAUCAGAGGAAUGGCACCGGUGGCGCGCAGCUCGGGAUUGUUUGCAGGAGGGAGUUUUGAAGCGGAUGAGUCGGAACCCUACUCAGCCAUUUUGUCGUGUAUACAGAGUGUCCUACAGCAAUUGCUGACUCAGCACACGGACGCCCUCGCCUCGCUGGUUGUCGCUAUCCGGACAGCAUUUGAGCCCAAUUCAGGAAUCGGAAUCGUCUGCGACCUCAUCCCGGAGCUCAAGUACUUUUUCAACGGCUCCGUCAUGCCAGACAGCAAAGACAUCCCGCUCACCCACUCUGUAGCUCGAUUUCAUGCCCUCAUUCUUAAGUUGAUUCGAGUCAUCUCGACACACUUUUUCAUGACUUGGCUCAUCGAUGAUAUCCACUACGCGGACGAAAACUCGAUCGCGUUACUGGCAACCUUGGUCAACGUCAACAAACGACUCCCAAUCGUCCUCAUCAUGACACACCGGGAUACCAUCGAUUGUCUCAUCAAAGUCAAGCAGAUUCUGGGAGGAAGCAAUCCAACCGGAAACAAUCCUACGGGGAGCUAUGGCACACUCGGAAGCAUUCACCACGAUCCUUUGGUGGACGAGAUUUCGAGUUUGAACACUUCCAUGUCGGCCCCAGCACCCAUGACCAAGACGACUGCGAUCCGGGCUACAGGACUUCCGCUGGUGGUUCGCGGAGGCGGAGGGGUUCGGUUUAUCAAGUUACAGAACCCGUCGACCGGCAACAUCCAAGAGUUUUUGGCGACCCUUCUUCACCAUACCAAGGCCGAUGUCGCCCCUCUCGCUAAGGUUUUCAAUCAAAAGUCUUGGCUUACGAUCCGUCAGCUCACUCUGGAGUUGUACAGGAACCAGACCAUCCGCUUCAACUCGCUCACCAAGGCCUGGGAGUGGGAGUCCUGUGCCGAGACACUGGCACACGAGGUCAGGAAGUUGACUGGCGAGGAAUACGCGUUCCUGGAGCAACGUUUCCGUAACUUGGACUGCGAUACCAAAAAGAUCAUCAACUGUGCGGCGGUCUGCGGUUCCGUUAUCAGCAUCCACGACCUCCAGCACCUUGCGUCGACAGCGUACGUUUGGUCAACCAAAGGAGGCCAAGGGACCCACCCUCCUCACGAGAAACUCAACCAUGCUCCCGAGACGGCUGAGCCCGAUUCCAACAAGGGCAGCAGCGCCAUGGCAGGAUUGCAGUCGGCAUUGCGGGAGGGCAUCCUUGCGUACACUACCCUACCGGAUCACGUUAGGUUCCACCACAACAUCAUGCGCAAGGUUGCUCUCACUCUCUUGGAGGGUACUGAUGAGAAGGAGCGUCUGCACUACGAGAUGGCCAAGAUUCUGCUCAAAAUUCCUGGUCAAGAGUUCCGGACGGCGAACCACGUCUUGCUGUCACUGGACCUCAUCAAAAAGAAACUAGUUCCUGUCGACCCUGAUGCGCCCAAGGAAAUACCGUAUUGGGUUCCUGUCGUGGAUGAUGAUGCUGAUGCUGAAUACCCGGCGCUGGACACCGAAUCUCUAAGAGCGAUACUAUCUCUUGCAGGCGAAAAGUCUCAGAAGAGUGGGGCGCAGGAUCUGGCUAUGGCGAACUGGUAUGCUGCUUUGACGUUGCUUCCCGAGAACUGCUGGGACUUGCCUGUUGCUGGAGCUACCAAGGAGAGUCUCGGGUCGAGCGAAAAGGAUGUUGACGAGGCGGAAGAUAUUGUGCAUGAGGUCCCUCAGGUUAAAACGCCGCUCUACCUUGAGGCAUUGAAACUUCACAUUCAGUGCAUUGAGGCCGAGCGUUGGCGGGAGAACUUUGACGAGGCGAUGAGUAUCUGCAACACCGUCUUGGACAAGAUCUCAGACCCAAUUGACCGCGCACGGGUUUACCAGCACCAGAUCGAGGUCUCGGUAUGGGCCUUCAGUCGACCGGACGAGGCGACACGGAUUGCGAUUCAGUGUUUGCAAGAGCUGGGGCUGCCCAAGGACAUUUCAUUCAACCCCUCCCAAGCUGAGAUCCGGAAGCUGUAUGAUGAGACUCAUCUUUUGUUGUUAAGCCAUAUGGCGGAGCUGCAGGCGGAAAACCCAAAAGUUUGCACGGACCCAAGGAUCAACAUGAUGAUGGAAGUUCUCUCUGUCGCAAACUCGAGUCUCUAUUAUUGCAAUGUGCCGUUCCUUGCUGUUGGAGUGGUAGAGUCCCUCAAGCUGGUCUGCAAGUACGGAUUUUCCAAGGACGCCGGGCGCGCAUUGGUCUCAUUUGCAUUGACCCACUCUACUUGGCAUGGCGUUCUCGAGAAUGCCUAUGAAGUCGGAAAGUUGGCAUACCGAGUCUGCAAGGACAACCACCAUGUCAAGUUUCUCUUUCAUUUGACGGUCCAGCAGUGGGGCGAACAUAUCGCUAACUCAAUUCCCGCACUGGAGGAAACACUGACGGCCUCGGAUAUGACCUGCGAUCGGCUGUUCCACACUGCAGGAACCAUACACAUCUCGGUCAUGCGUGUCCUCCUUGGCCGUGUCCACCUGCGCGACUGCAUGACGGCGACAACAGAUCUUAUUAACAAGCACAACGAAUUCGGUCCCAAGUCGCAUGGAGUUGAGGUUAUGCAAGGCAUUUUGCAGUUGGUCAAGUGUCUCAAGGGUCAAACGCAGUCGGAGAACCCCGAGACCAUCUUUGACGAUAACGAUUUUGCAGAGUCCAAGGUUCGCGGUAAGGUCGACAAGUCACUCAUUAUGGCCCACAACAACAGCACCUACACUAUGCUGAAGAUCAUGGCGGCUUUCGUCUUUGGACAUUACGAGUUCAUUGACGAGAUUACCAAAAGCUGGCACGACGACCCCAAGUCGAUGAUGAACUUUGAAGGCACUUGGAUCUCCCACUCGAUACUGACGGUCAUUGGACUAACCCUCGUCAGCCUGAUGAGAGUUGAACAACCCGCAGACGUCAGGGAGCGACGACGCGGCCAGCUACUCGCGGUCAAGGACAGGAUGGAGAAGGGAGCUCUCAAGUUCCCGACAAACCAUGCGUCGAUGUUCCACCUGGUUGAGGCGGAAAUGGCUGAUCAGGAAGAGGAGUCCAAGAAGGACUUGAAGUCGAUUCUGUUGCUGUACGAAAAGUCGAUCGCCUACGCCAUCAAUGGCGACUUCCCGCUUCACCGAUGCAUUGCGUACGAGUUGGCCGCCAAGUGCCACCUCCGCCAUGGACUUGUCACCAGCGCCAGAUGUCUUUUGGCUAACUCAUGCAAGGGAUACCAGAUGUGGGGAGCUCGCGGCAAGGUCCUUUGGUUCUACAAGACGUACCCUGAGAUCUUCGGAGUGCUACCCGAGACUGAAAACGCGGUGCCUGCACGUGGAUUCUUCUAUCGGCCUAACGAUAGUCCUUCUGUCCGUCGUCCUCGAACCAACAGUUCUGCCGGGGCGAUACCCACUGGCGCCUCCAAUGUCAGCAGCACCGUUGUUGGGGCACCCUCCCAUGCGGCCACCUCACCUUGGCUUUCUGGGAGCCCCAAGACGAUGUACAGUCCGGGUGGAUACGGGAGCGAUGCUGUUUCGGCGGCAGCCGCGGCUAUGGCAGAGUCGUGUCUUACUUCAAGUAUGCACUCAAGCGCCUCAACAACAAGCUCGAUCUCAGGACCUCUUCUUCCCAACAGUAACUGGAUUUCAUCGCCUCAGUCGCCAGAGAUGGAUAAUGCCGAUCUGGACGUCCUCGACUUCUCGUCCGUGAUCGAAGCGAUGCAGGUGAUUGCCAGUGAGAUCGACCUGGACUUGCUUCUGGUCAAGUCUCUCGGGGUUCUCAACCAGAGUGUCGGUGCCAAACGCUGUUGCGUGAUUAUUGACAAGGACCAAGAGCUGGUCCUGGCAGUGUCCCAGGGCGAUCUUGGACGAUGCGAAGCCGUGAACCCGCCGAUAGAGAUUAGCCAAUGCAGCUCGCUCUUCCAGGGUGUCAUCAACUAUGUCAUCAACACUGGAACCCCAUGUCUGCUUACCAACGCUCAGGACGACCCCAGGUUCUGUGCGGACGAGUACCUCAAGCAGCGGUCCGAUCUCAAGACGGUGCUCUGUGCGCCGAUCGUUCACAAGGGUGUUAUGGUCGGAGUGCUCUACAUGGAAGCGUUUCCACAGCGUGCGUUUGCGAACAAGCGUAUGUUGGUGAUGAACCUUCUGGUGCAGCAGUUGGGAAUCUCCAUCACUAACGCAAUGCUGUACCAGUCGGUGCUUCAGUCCGAGGCCAAAUUGAAUGGCUUGCUGGAGAACAUGCCUUGUGGAAUUGCCUUGUGGGACGCUACGGCCGAGAAAUGCCAGUACAUCAACUCGAGCUGGAGGGACAUGACUGGAUUUUCGAUCGAUGAAAUAAUGGAUUCAGGAUGGACGAUUCUGACCCAUGCCGACGAGGUUGCGAUCUACGCCCAGCAUUGGCGUGAGCGCGUUCAAGCUGGGGCUCCUUGUCAAUGGGAGAGCCGUUACAGGCUGAAGGAUGGGUCAUUUCGGUGGGCGAUUGUGAGGAUGUUGCCGAUCAAGUCACCGUCGGACAACAGGAUCAUCCAAUGGCUUACAGUGACCAUUGACAUUGACGACCAGCGCCGUGCUGUCCAACUCAAGUCCAAUUUUUUGGCCAACAUGAGCCACGAGCUCCGCACACCAUUCUCUGGUAUUUUGGGCAUGUUGUCGCUCCUCCGCGACUCGAGCGGGCUCUCACAGGAGCAGUUCGAGUUUGUUGACAUGGCCAAAGCUUCCUGCGAGAUGCUGAUCCGUAUCGUUGAUGACUUGCUCAAUUUCAGCAAACUGGAGGCCGACAAGGUGACACUGGAGUACAUCCCGCUCUGUUUCGAGGAGAUCCUUGGAGAUGUGUGUGAUCUGUUAGUGCCGUUGGCGUCGCGCAAGGGCUUGGAGUUGAUAAUGCUAUUCGACAGUACGCUCCCGAUACUCCUCAUUGGCGACCCCGACAGGAUGAAGCAGAUUUUGAUGAAUCUCAUUGGUAACGCCAUCAAGUUUUCGACCACCGGCAACGUCGUCAUUGAGUUCUGGCACGAGAUGAACAAGAAGAAACCGCGCCGAUCUGCCGCCUCAUCUCAGGAUCUGCUCAAGAUCCUCUCUGGCAAAACCUCGGGCCGUGUCGAGUUGGAGGACGAUUCCCAUCUUGGGGACGAGGUUGUUUUGCACUGCUCUGUUCGGGAUCAAGGAAUCGGACUGAGCCCUCAGGAACAGAAGAUGCUCUUUGUCUCGUUCCAACAAACCGAUAACGGAACUACGCGCAAGUAUGGAGGCACCGGAUUGGGGUUGUCGAUCUGCGCUCAGUUGAUUGCGCAUAUGAACGGCAAGAUUGUGGUCGAUUCGGAGAAGGGCAAAGGCGCGACAUUUACUUUCACGGCCUGUCUGAGGACACCGACAGACUUUGACCAAGAGCAGAAUCCAGCCGAGAGUUCAAGGAUCAAGGAGUGCGAUAAGAUCCUGAAUGUUCGUUUGGAUCUCAUCAGGGGCAAGCGGAUUUUGAUUAUGUCGCCGAAUCGGGACCUCCGAGAGCAAAUCAGGCGGACGCUUCAGGACACCACAUUUGUCGAGUAUGAGACCGUCGAGGCUGCGUUGGAGAGUGGCGUUAUCAAGAUGACUGGCCUCUCGACCUCGGCCGCAAAGCCAUCUGCACCCAUACGAAUUGAUGUUGAUCCCAAGGAUGGCCAUUCUGGAUUAGGAGUGUCAGCGGAAGACGAUAUUAUGACCGCUGGCUGUAGGGAUUCUCUGGGCUUGGAGACUCUUGCUCCUUUCGACUUUAUUGUGGUGGAUCACGUCUUAGACUCUGCAGAGCUGGAUUGGAUCUACCCGUCGCCAGCGAUUGCUUUUGUCUUGCUACUUGCCCCCACGACGGAGACUCUCAGAUGGAUUCUGCCACCAGCCGCCAAGAAGCAACCUGACGAGCCCGAGGAGUCUGGAGCCCUUGAUGUCGGAGGCAGAGGAAGGGUUCGCCGAGAAGGUGACGCCCACCUGGGGGACCAACCUCUUGGUCGAGUUCAGAGAGUCUCCGCAGCGAACACCACCAACUCCAACAUUAGUAACCCUUACGUGACCCACAGUCAUAUUGCCGGACGACCAACAUCGUCGACUCAGUCAGGAGCCGCGAAGAGCACUCUCAAGGUGCCCUCAGAUCUUUUCAAGAAGCGCAAGUCGCGUGGCCUGAUGACGGUGACAAGACCUGCUCCUCACCAUGCUCUUCAAGGUGACGAGCAACCCAAGAUGGAGACGAGCACGUUCCAGAUUUGUCGGAUGAUCAAGCCUGUUCGACGGCUGAAGCUUCUUCAAAUCUUCUACAAUGCAAUCCACCAGCACAACCACCGCUUGCAACACGAGGAUCACCAAGACGAUGAUGGAACUGAGAGUCUGGACUCGGGAUACCGUCGGGGUUCGACUGUGGAGACUUCGACCGAGAAUGAUUCAGACUCGGAUACUGGAGUGGACAAGAAGCGUCGGCUGUCGACCACGGAUGCGACGUUUGAUUCUCAUUUGUCGCCCCCGUCGCCCCUUCUUCGGUCACGGUCGAAUUCGCCAAUGUCGACUUCAUCGUCUUCAGGCCGCCCAGUACCGUUGAAGCGAAGACGUAGACAGGAUGCUGCUUCGGGCACCAAUAAGGAUCCAGACCUGACACGCGUGUCCAAGGCUCAAAAGAGUUCGAUCGAUGACACUGUGGUCAUGAGAGGAGGAUCAAGUACGACUCCAACGGUAGUUGUCGCGCAACCGACGCAGAUUACUGCCGAAGCUGAGAUUGAUCCGCCUAGGAACCUUGGGUUGAGCGGAGCAGUCAUUGGGGUUGACGACAAUUCGUUCCCGAAGCGCACUAGGAACAAUGACGCUCUGGCGCUGCUCUUGACUCCUGAGGAGCGCAAUAGUUGUCGCGGGAAGAAUGUUCUUGUUGCGGAGGAUGAUUUCGUUUCUCAAAAGAUCCUUGAAAAACAAUUGACAAAGCUUGGGAUGAAUGUGAUGAUUGCGAGUAAUGGACAGGAAGCCGUGGACCAAUGGCUGUCUGUCGAGCGGGGCUAUUACACCAUUGCCAUUUUUGACCACCACAUGCCGAUUAUGGAUGGACUUGCGGCGACGAGGAAGGUGCGAGCAUUGGAAGGAGAGUUUGCACAGGGACGGCACGAUGGCAAGAAGCCGACCCGGAUCCCGAUUGUUGGACUCAGUGCCGAUAUUCAACAAAGCACCAAAGAGAUGAAUUGA